GAGAGAGAGGCCUAAGUUUAGGAGGCCUCUGGACCUGUUGGUGUGUUUCUAGGAAUGAUUGGCAUGUGGGACAGCAAACUGAGGGACAGACUAAGUGCCCUAAGUGUGGGCAGCACCGACCAACAGGUUGGGACUUUGAAGGAACAAAUGUUAGAAGAACUAGGAAGCAGGCGCAGACACACGCUCCGUUCUUCUUGAGCAGGUGCUUGGUGGCUGCUGCGGUCACCUGAGGACUGCAGUCUCCAGUUUGCUCACCUUCCAAAGCAGACUCUGACCAGUGACCCCCCAGGGAAUUUCCAGGCCUUCUGUCCUGGAGUCGGGCUGCAUCCUUGGUCUCCCUGGUUCUGAGGCUCCAGGUCUUUCGACUGAGCAGCUGCUGCUCCCUCCAGCUCUCCAGCCUGUGGGCGGCCAUUGUGGACUGUCCAGCUGCUGGCCAUGUAAGCUCUUUUUAUUCUCUUCUGAGUGUGUGUGCGUAUAUACAUACAGAUGUAUUUCUAUGUCGACGGAUCCUGUGGCUGUUCCUCUAGAGGGCCCAUCGAACACCACCCGUGCAGACGGGGCAGGAGCAAGCCCAGCCUCUCGGCUCUGCUGAUAGAGGAACCAAGAAAUGUCCUCUUUGAAAGGAGAAGUAUGUCACUGCUCAAGCCCCCGGACACAUGUACCCCACCUCUGUCCCCAUUUGAAUGUCCAUUCUCUGGAAAGCCACAAACAUUCCAAGACUGGACUUCUACUGAAUCAUCUCCAAUUCUUUGAAUUACCCUGGUCUAGGAAGGGUGUGGAGGCAGGCGGCAGGAGGCGGGGCAAGACCCCCAAAGAGGUUAAAUAGGUCACUUGCAUGCUUGGCUCUCACCCAGUCUCCCCUGAGACAGGCACCAGACCUUCUCCUGGGCUCCUGACACCAUGUCGCCCCUGAAGACCCUGCUGCUGGCCGCCCUCCUCCUUGGGGCUUCUCUGCAGAGCAUCCGUGCAGCUCGAGCCACCAACGUGGGCCGGGAGUGCUGCAUGGAGUUCUUCAAGGGGGCCAUUCCCAUCAGAAAGCUGGUGACCUGGUACAGAACCUCAGCCGAGUGUCCCAAGGAUGCCAUUGUGCUUGUCACCAUGCAGGGCAAGUCCAUCUGUUCGGACCCCAAGGACAGGCACGUGACGAAGGCAGUUAGAUUCUUGCAGAGACUUGUGAAGUCACCUGGCCCCAUCACUCAGAAGCCCUGAUUUGCUCCGGACCAUUUGGAGACUUCCAGUGUGGGAGUUCAUCACCCCAACCCGGAGCCCCGGGCCCGUGGAGGCCUCACAAGGACAAAGGGGAGGAGCCAGAGGACCCUGGCUCCUUUGCUGGACUGAAGCCGCGGGCCUGAAUAAAGUCUCCUCCCCAGCCUG